CCAAAAUCCUUUUCUUUUCUUCAGGAAAGAACAAAGGUUUCGUUGUCUGCGCCGAAGCGCAGAUGGAAGCACCUGGGAGCUGACACGUUACGCGCGGGGGCCCUGAUCAUGAGCAACGUCCGCGGCGAUGAUAACAAACCCAAAGCGGUUGCGCCGCGUACGCAGAUCGUCGCGACCAGAAGCAGCAGCAUCACAGCAGUCAGCAGCUUGGGUUUUCCGGCAAUUUCUCCCCGAAAGCUGCAGGCGUUUACAACCGUUUCUCGUCGCGCCCUGCAAGGCUGCAAACACAAGAAGCACCGCCGGAGACACGCAAAUACAGUCACCGGCAGGAGGUAAAAGGAAAGGAGGAGCAAUAUGAGGUUCUGGUCUCUGUUGGCCGUGGCAUGGAUGCCUGUUCUGCAGGUCCUCCUCGCAGGCUUGCUUGGAGCCUGCCUCGCGUCCAGCCGGUUCAACGUCCUCACCUCUGACGCUCGAAGGCACAUAAACAAGGUUGUUUAUGUUGUGUUCGUCCCAUCGCUCGUCUUCUCAAGCUUGGCAGGCACCGUCACGCUCAAGGACAUCGUUUCCUGGUGGUUCAUGCCAGUGAACAUGGGCAUCAUAUUCCUGAUUGGGGCAGCUCUGGGUUGGCUGGCUGUGAAGGUCCUGAGGCCAGGAGAACACAUGCAGGGACUUAUCGUUGCUUGCAGCUCAGCAGGUAACUGGGGAACAAUUCCUUUGAUGAUUGUUCCGGCGAUCUGCAACGAGGAGGACAGCCCCUUUGGUGAUGCCAGCACCUGCAACUCCCUCGGCCUCUCCUAUGUCUCGUUAUCGAUGGCGCUCGGAAAUUUCUACAUAUGGACUCAUAGCUACAGCGUCAUGAAGAGAUCUGCUCAACUGUACAAGAAAUCUCAUAAUAAUCACCUUCCAACUAACAUAAGGAAAGAAGAAAAUUCAGGAGAAGAUGCAAAUGGUCACUAUAGGGCUUUUCUUCCCCAACCAUCUGGAGAAUUCUGCGAGGAUGUUAGGAGUUCCAUUGUCAGUUCUGGCUUGCCUUCUAACCAGCUUGCAAGUAGCUACAUGUACUACUUAAGAAGAGCAAAGGAUUUGUUAGUAGAGAUGCUGAAUGAACUAUGGUCACCUCCCAGUGUUGCUGCGCUCAUAGGGUUUGCUAUCGGCACAAUCGACAAGCUGAAAUCACUUGUUACGGAAGAAGAUGGCCCUCUUCGAGUAGUCCUAGAUUCGGCAAAGUUACUAGGAGGUGCUGCAAUACCGUGCACUGUCCUCAUACUCGGUGGGAACCUUACAAAAGGCAGGGGCAGGACGUUGAUGAAGCCUCUGGUAGUCGUGUCGAUCAUCGCGAUACGCUUCGCCAUCCUCCCCGCCUGCGGGAUCGGCGUGGUCAAGGCGGCCGGCGAGCUUGGGUUCCUGCCGAGAUCCCCCCUGUACCACUACGUGCUCCUGUUGCAGUCCACGGUUCCCCCAGCCAUGAGCAUCGGGACAAUGGCUCAGCUGUUCGAUGUUGGGGAAGAGGAGUGCUCGAUCGUCUUCCUGUGGACGCACCUGGUUGCCGCCAUGGCGCUCACGCUCUGGUCCACUGUGUUCAUGUCACUCGUGUCAUGAGCCCGUAUAUCCAUCCAGCUGAAAGCACUCGGCAGUUGUUGAGUUGUGACAGCAUAUGACAACGGUGCUCAAUCUUCUUACAAGUCCAUUCAGCACAGGAGAACAUUGCAUCAGCACAUCUUUAAUGUGUUCUAGCAAUGCUUAGUGGCAGAUCGAGUCGACCAUGGAAAGAAACAUUGAUUUGCAAGUAAAUGUGAUGUAAUGGGCAUAAUAAAAGCUCUUCCGUAAAAAUAGAGAAUUUUAA